AUUAAGCUUCACGGGUAUUACGUAAGCGACCUGGCAAUUGAACGACAACGACUCUUAAGAACUUCUUUUGUCCCUCUAUUAAAAUUGAAACAUCAGCAUAAUGUUGUCCACCGCCAGAUCAAGAGCCGUAUGGCAAAUUUCUCGCAGAGUUCAAAUCUCGGCCAGACGGACCUACGCAUUUUCUGCCAACGAUCAACAAGAACUUAAUGACCCAAAUGGCCCAAAGAAGGUUCCCAAUGUCUCGAAAACCAACGAGCUUCCGAUAGAGACACACGUUAAGGAUGCGCCAUUGCAGGAAAGUGUAGAGGCUGCGGAAAAACUUAGAGUUAUGCAGGCACCAAAUAGAGUUGGAAAAUGGUCGCGCAGUCAGAAUCCUAGGGAGAAAGCAAUGUCUGGACCUAGGUUUGAGCAAACCAUUAUGGAAACCCAGGUAUGCUAUUAUAGAGCAACGCCGGCGUAAUUUCCCAUCGCGCUUGGCUACUCAGGAUUUUCCCUAGCAACAUUUCAUCAAAAUGUUAACUCUUUUCUAGCCUGCGCCACAAGCAGCCAUCAGCUUGAUUCACCAGCAACCAGUGCGAUGGACACACGAUCGUAUAGUUGCAUGUGAUGGAGGCGGAGGUCCAUUAGGACAUCCAAGAAUCUUCAUCAAUACCGACAAGCCUGAAAUUUGCAACUGCACUUACUGCGGAUUACCAUUUGUGGGUUACACCCUGGCAUUGGGCGCCAAACACCCCUUCCCCAAAGCUCUUCCUCGCACUGGAUCAUGAACAUUCUGUGGGUUUCAAUACUAAUCUAUCUUACAGGCCAAUGAACAUCAUCGAGCACACCUUGAAUCUCUCCCAGUAACCCCAUACCCUCUUGAAGCACAAGGUCGUCCCGCCGAAGUCAACGAAUCACAACGUAUUACAGAUGAAGCCCUUGGUCAUCGAUAAACUUUUCAUUGGGGAGGGAGUUUAUUGUUGAAAAUUACUGUAAAUACAACGCAAUGAGAAGUUUAAGCAAGACCCGUCUCCUUAGUUCUACCACAGUGAUUUCCGCUGCAUGCCACUUGGCUCGUUCUACCUAGUCAGAUUGGCUUGUUAUGGAGUGUGACAGAAUCAUCACAAG